GGAGGAGGAGUGAGGAACACGAAACUGAAGGGAGAGAGAUUGGCGAGCUGUUGACGGAGUGAGAUGGGUAAAUCUGUAAAGUUUAUUUAGCGACAGUAUUUGUGUCCUAUAUCAGAUAACCUUUGACAACGGGAAGGUUUUCCGUGUGUUCAAAAACUAAAGGCAUUAGGUCUGCUCUGUCCAUCGAAGCAGACAGUCGGAACAGACAGUCGUUGCUCAUUGUUUCUUCUGGAAUCGUGGACCCAGAGGAGUGUUUUCCUGCGGGGAUAUGUGAACGUGAACUAUUUGUGCUGAAGGAGAUCGCAGGCCUUCGUGAGUCGGACUCGUUGGACAUUUUCGGGUGUGUGACGCAUCAGUUAUUUCAGUGUUGGACCCCGUGCAUCUGGAGGAGAAGAUAAGCUUCGCGUAAUCGCUUCUUGGCGCGACUUGAAGUGUUUCGCUGUAACACACCUGAGUCUGUUUUCUGAGCAGGUCAUGAUGGAUCGAGCAGCUCUCAGACUGAUUCUCUUGAGGGUCUUUCUCAUCUCAGCCAGUUCACAACCUGUUAAGAAACAAGAUGUGGAUAUAUACAGCUUCUACAUUAACUCCACGGUCACCAGUCGCUACGCCACAACGGUCAUCACAAGCCGUGUGGCGAACUCACUGAAUGAAUCUCAAGAGAUCCAGUUUGAGGUCAAGAUACCCAAGACUGCCUUCAUCAGCAAAUUCAGAAUGACUAUAGAGGGGAAGACAUAUGAUGGUGUGGUGAAGGAAAAACAGGAAGCUCAGCAGCAGUACAGUGAAGCAGUAUCUCGAGGACAAAGUGCUGGACUGAUCAAAUCUGUUGGAAGGACUUUAGAAGACUUUAAAACUUCAGUGACGGUGGCUGCUUUUAGUAAAGUGACCUUUGAGUUGACCUACGAAGAACUGCUAAAGCGCCGCCUUGGCAAAUAUGAGUUACUCAUCAAUGCCCAACCGAUGCAGCCGGUGGCAGAUUUCAAGAUGGAUGUACACAUCCAAGAGAAACCAGGAAUUUCCUUCUUGGAGGUGAAAGGAGAUUUGAGCACCGGUGAUCUGGCCAAUGCCAUCGAAACCACCAGAGCAGACAAAGACGCAUGGGUGACCUUCUACCCCACUCGAGAUCAACAGACCAAGUGUAAAAGCUGUGGAGAAAAUGGGCUGAAUGGUGACCUGCUUAUAACAUACGAUGUUGAGAGACGAAAUCCUAAAGGAGAAGUCGUGGUAUCAAAUGGCUAUUUUGUCCACUACUUUGCACCUUCUGAUGUUCCACGUAUUCCCAAAAAUGUGGUGUUUAUCAUUGACCGGAGCAGUUCUAUGCGAGGCAGAAAAAUAGAUCAGACUCGUUUGGCACUGCUAAGGAUUUUAAGUGAUCUUGAUGAGGAUGACCACUUUGGAUUGAUCACCUUCGAUUAUUCAGUUGACACAUGGAAGCAUGAACUCCUGAAAGCUACAAAGCAAAACCUGAAGAAAGCAAAAUCUUUUGUGAAGGAGAUCAGAGAGAGAGGAAACACCAACAUAAACGCUGCAGUUCUAGCAGGAGUGGACAUGAUCAAUCGACAUCCACAAGAGGGAACCGCCUCCAUCCUGAUCCUGCUGACUGAUGGAGAUCCCACUUCAGGUGAAACUAACAUAGAGAGGAUAAUGGCCAAUGUGAAAAAGGCCAUUGGGCUGAAGUUUCCCCUCUAUUGUCUUGGUUUUGGACAUGAUGUUAACUUUGACUUCCUGACAAAGAUGUCAUUGGAAAAUGGUGGAGUUGCUCGCAGGAUUUAUGAAGAUUCGGACGCUGAUCUACAGCUGCAGGGCUUCUAUGAGGAAGUUGCCGUACCUCUCCUCACUGAUAUUCAACUUAAAUACACAGGAGGGACAAACCUUACCAAGACCAGCUUUAACCUGUACUUCAACGGCUCUGAGAUUGUGGUAUCAGGACAAAUCACAGACAACAGUGUGGAGAGUUUCAGCACUGAAGUCAUUGCAGUAUCAAAAGGCAAUAAUGUGACUUAUCAGGACACUGUAAUGAUAAAAGACCCCAGUGAUGUCCCACCUGAGAAUGAAGAUUUCAUGCAGAGACUGUGGGCCUACCUGACAGUGAAGCAACUUCUGGAAAGGCAGGUGCUUCUUAAAGGACAAGAGAAAGAGGAUGAAGAGAAAGAAGCUCUCAAACUCUCUCUGAAAUACCAGUUUGUCACCCCCCUCACCUCUAUGGUCGUCACUAAGCCACAGGAAGAUGAAGUGGAAGUUGCCGACAAACCCAAAGAGGGAAAAGAGGAUCCCAGACCUCCAGCUUAUGGACAGGACGCCAACGAUCUGAUUGCAUAUCACGAAGUUGCUAGCCAAAUGAGUGUGAUGGGACAGGGGUUGAUGUUCGGCAUUUUUGGACUGGCAGCUUUUUUCAUUCUCUUUGCUGCUGCUGCUGCAGCUGCAGUGAAAGCUUACUCUUCUUACAAAGCAAAGCAAAGAGCUCACACUACAGACCAUGUUCAGACAUCAGAGACUAUUACAUUAACCUGAGAGAACAGCAAUGAAACUGAUUUAAGUCUUUAAGAAAGUUUUUGACAAAUAAAUUGCUUACUUUCUGCUAAGAAAAAGCAUCACUGUUACUAUUGUUCAUACUUAGUAGUGUUGGAUAUUUGAUUAAACCCUUAAUAAUAUAAAACUUCCACACCAUUUGUGCUAUGGACAUGAAUGAUACCUCGUAUCAUGCAGCUUGAGGAGGAGAGUGUGGAACAAUAAAGUGGGACAUGUGCAUAAAAUGGCAAAGACUUACAUUAAAAGACUCAUCCAUCUAAAAGAACAGAUCAUCAUACUUUCAUAUGUGGGAUUACUCAACUGAAUGUUUCAACAUAUUGUGAUAACAUAAAAUGCCGAAAUGAUUCUUUUUUUGAGGACUUUCUUUUUUGACUCUCCAUUUCACGCUAUAUUUCACAAGACAAAUCAGUGGCAGUUUACACUGAGUCAAUGACAUAUUAGACACUUUGUGACAUCUUCAUUCUUGGUUGCUUCCUCUUGGUUACAUCAUUGAUCUGAUGACACAAAGUUUUAUAUCAGCUCCAUACUCACUGUCUUCUUAAAUGCCUGUAUGAAUCACAUCAAAAUUACCAGUAUUCUCAAGGGAAACAGAACAAAAAUGUAUUACUAAUUGAUUCCAGAAAUCAUACUAUUUCUCAUUCUGAUUUGUCUGUUGACAUCAUUGGCUUUCUGAUCAGACCCUGUUCUACAGUUCGUAACUGCUCUCAUAUCUCUAAAAUGUUUGAUUAGACUGCGCCAAAUCCUCAAAAUUAAACAUGCUGAGACACUGGAUGCUAUUUAAAAACCAAAAAAACCUUAAGAUCACUAAGGUCAUCUGACUCAGGUUUACUGAUUGUGCACCAUUAGAUAGUAAAACCUAAUGUCACUGCUAUAACAUUGUGAAAACUCUCACAAUCUCUGUGUGGCCUCACCACCACUAAUUCAUAUCUUUUCAAACCAUGAUACUCUCAUUGCUUGUCUCCUGUUGUGUUUGGGCUUCUGUUUUCUGCUCCCCCUGAUAUUUGUCUCAUGUUUCUGGAUCUGGACAGUGACCUUGAGUUUGUAAAUAUGGCAUUAUAUUAAAUAAAUGUAUAAGUAUUAUUUCCUAAAAUGCCACUUGUCCAGAAUGAACUGUUGUGUAACUGUGCAUCCAGUGAAUAUGAUAUGAAUACUGAAGUGGUCACAUUUUUUAACUGGGUCCUGACUGAUCAGUAUCAAUGUAGCCUAAGUAAUUAUAUAAAAGUGUAAAAGCAUUUGUACACCUAAAUGAAAAUGCAGAUGAGAUCAUUUUAACUAGCAACAUUUUAAUUAGCAACAACACAUUUUUAGUUCUUAGUGUACAUGUGAUAACCACAUAUAUCUAAGUUUUUAAAACAAGAUGAUUGUUGAAAGUUACAAACGUAAAUAUAGCUGCAAGCAGCAAUUACGGGGCCAAGCACAAAUAAGGCACAACCAGCCAGCCAACACGGCUGUGAGCAUCAGACCAAGUGCAUCAGUGAGCAAUUAAAUACCUAUUAAAGAUCAUUUUAGGCAAAAAAGCUGAACAAUCACAAAUACAGUCAAUAAUGGCACUGUGAUUAGAUUAAUGAGGUAUGGUCAGAGUGAGGUGACAAUGACACUCGCAAAGUUUGGUGUCAAUAUGUCAAAGCAUUGCAGAGAUACAGCCUCAAGAGUCAUUUUGGCAUUAAGCCUCUAAUUUGUUGCUGUGGUAAAUGAAUAAGGUUUCGUCUAUCAACACGAAAUCCAUAACAUUUUACCAGCAUGGUCUAAAGAUGAUACGAUUCGAUUUUGGUGAAAAUUGGAGCAACGGUUUAAGAGUAGUUCGAAAAAGUAUGAUUUUAAAGAAAACCAAAUGACUCACAGAAGUUUGGCUGACUGUGGCAAAAUUGGCAUCAAUGUUCCCAGCAUGACCCACAGAAUUAGUUAAAAUCAGUCUAAUUAAAAAAGGCCACAUUUAUAUAAAUCUAUUAGCAUUUUUUAAAAUUUCAUUAUAACAUUUGACCACAAGGAGGCGCUGUCUCAAAACCUAUUGUGUGCCUUCAGUGCAUGGUGCCGAUGGCACAUCCUGAGUUUCGUAAUGGUACACCAAUGCAUUCAUAUAAUAUAGCAUUUUAUAUCACUGUAUUGUACUGUAUUGUAGUUAAUGGAAAUUUCAUGUUUUGUUCAAUUAUAGCGCCACCAAGAGGCACAAUUCCACCAAUUUUUUUAUGUGUCCUCAGAGUGAACCCGUACAUGUGUGUCAAAUUUGGUGCAAAUAUCUCAUUUUGUUUUGGAGUUACAGACAUUUAUAUAUAUAUAAGAUCUUAAAAAAUGACCCAUGAACGACUUUGUUUUGAUUUUUUUGCCACUUCCUAUCAAAAUUUUGACAUUUGGGCUUUGACAUUUAGUUAACCAGCUUAGGUUCCGUGUUUCCUACGCUGGUUUUGUCUCGAUCCGACUAACGGUUUUGAAGAUAUUCACAAUUGUUUUUUUAAGUGCUAAAUCACCACGGCGCACAAACCGUAAGUUGAAACCUAGCAAGUUGGGUAUCGUUGGACUCGGCAAGGAUUCAGGAGUCUAAGGAUAUGACUCCCGUGAAAAUAAGUCGACCAGAUCAAAAGUUAUAAUCAUAUGAAAGAAAAAAUCUCCACUAGGUGGCGCUGAUCCGAAACUUCUCAGGCUCCUUCGGGGCAUUGUGCUGAUGACCCAUACCGAGUUUUGUAACGAUACGUUAAUGCGUUCAUAAAAUACUGCAUUUUAGCACAAAAUUCAAAAUGGCCGAUAUGGGAAUACUGGAUAUCGUUCGACUCAGCAUGAUGUCCUGAAUCCAACAAGACCAAAUUUAUGAUUUUUGGAAAAACCUAUCAGAAGUUAUAAGCAAAAAUAGCCUUUUUUUUAUAUCUCCGCACCAGUAGGUGGCGCUGCGCCAAAACGCUGCAUGUUACCUCAGGUCAUGUUUGUAAUGACAUGUACCAAGUUUUAUCUGAAUACGAUAAAGCAUUGCGGAGAUACAGCCUUACGUCUAUUUUCGCAAGCGCUAUGUAAAAUUAUUUCGCGUGUUUUUCGAAAACGCUUUGAGAAAUCAACUUGAAUUCCAUAACUUUUUGUCGGCAUGGUCUGAAGAUUAUCUGGUUCAAUUUUCGUGAAAAUCGGAGUAACGGCCUAAGAAGGAGUUCGAAAAAGUAGGUUUUUCAGAAAAAUCAAAAUGGCAGUAAAAAUUUUCAUGACGGAAAAUGACAUCAUAGGGUGCAAUCGAUGGCCCAAGGAAUCACAGGAAAAAAGAAUUUUGUUUCUAACCCUUACGGUUCAAAAGUUAUUAACAUUAACAUGAGUGCAAAUUUGGACAGCUGGUGGCGCUAGAGGGACUGAGUUAGAGACUCCAAAUUUUGCUAUGGACACAGUUCAGACUGACCUCUAACUGUGUACCAAAUUUCACAACUUUUUACCAUACGGUUCUAUGGGCUGCCAUAGACUCAAGCGGAAGAAGAAGAAGAAGAAGAAGAAGAAAGGGGAAAAAAAAGAA